AUGUCGCAAAACUUGGAGAAAAAAGCUGAAAAAUUGUUUCGGCUAGAAUGUUUGGAGACGCUUUGCUGGCCUCCAUAUGGAGAACUGUCGGAAGAGAUUAGAAAGUGAGUUUUUCGCGAAAAAUGCCUGUUUUUUGUGGGAAAACUCGGGUUUUUUGCAGGCAAACCGCUUCUUCGAUCUCCAUUGAUAUUAGUCAGAAUUUGGAGAAUAAUGUGCUGAUUCCACUGGACCCUUCAACAAGUUUGGCGCCGCAAAUCGAUGAAACCGGUGCGAUUCGUGGAUUCGUCGAGGAGAAUCGAUCGAAUUUGGAGUUUGGAUCGAGUUCGGUGUCGAUGUCGAUUAAUCGGUGCGUGAUAGGCUGUGGGAAAUGUGGAUUUUCACUUGGAAAUCAUGAAAAUCCAGGAUUCGGAGGUUUUUGAGCGAAAUCUUCAGGAUUUUAACAUAAAAUUGAGAUUCUCGCUGUAAAAAUCCAUAUUUUCGCAUUUUGCCACGUCAUAGCUUAAGUUUAACGAAGUCCCGGUUAAAAUCCAGGCUUCCUGGCUCGAAUUUCUAACAAAAAUUAGCAAAUGCGCUCCAUUGAUAACAAUGUUGUUCGGAGGAAAAUUUGAAUUUUCAUUUUUUUCCCUAGAAACACGAUUUUUCGCCACGUGGCAAAUGAAAAAAUCCAAUAUUUUCCAGGGCUCCCUUCAAACACGGACCAUCCAAUGGAAUUCGCGGCUCCUCCUCCAAUGUCCCAUUUUUGCCCGGCUACAUCGAGGACGAGGUUUUGCAACAAUUGAUGGCCGAGAAAUCCGGCGACGGAAAACUAGGCCAGGAGGACGUGUUUUUGGAGAACUUGGGAACUUUGAAUGAUGUGCCGGUGCUGGGUGAGGUCCGAUUUUUUUCGCGUCAACAAGAUUUGCCGCCAAAAUCUCCUGUGCUAGAAGCAGUGUCGAUUGAUGAUUUGGAUAUGUUCGAUCUGAUGAAUUUGGUAUCGGCUGAAACUGCUCCAAAAAUCAGCCUGGAACCUGAGAAACCCCCAAAUCCACCAAAAAUGGCUGAAAUUGCAGUUCCGGAAGUUGAGGAAUGUCUGAAAAUCGCCGAGGAAGAAAAUCAUCGCGAGGAGGAAAAUGAUGUGCGAAUUUGGGAGAAAAAUGGUGGCGGAUUUUCACACGCAAAGCGGAUUGAUUUGACGGAAGACGAUGCGGAAGAAUAUCGACAAUUGGUGCCGAAUAUGGCGCGGAAAGUGAGCGUUUUUUUCCGCGUGGCAAUUUUUUGCCGCUGAAAUUUGGCGCAUUUUGAUAGUAAAUAUUCUGGCAAAAAAAAAUUGAAAAUUCAAAUUUUUGACGAAAAUUCGCUGUUCUCAAUGGGGCGCACUUUCUGAUUUUUCAUCAAAAAUUUGUCAUUUUUGCCCGGAAAAGUCUGAAAUUUCAGAGUUUUUUAUUUACCAUCAAAAUAUGUCAAAUUUUGGCGCCAACAACUCAAAUUCAAAUUUCCUACAGUACCCCUUCGAAUUUGCCACGUGGCAACCUCAAAAUUUGGCGCAUUUUGAUAGUAAAUAUAGGCUAUUUUUGAGUUCCGAAAAAAAAAAUGAAAAUUCAAAUUUUUGACGAAAAUUCGCUGUUCUCAAUGGGGCGCACUUGCUAAUUUUUCAUCAAAAAUUCGUCAUUUUUGCCCGUAAAAGUCUGGAAUUCAUGCCGCCUAGUCUUACUGUAAUUUUUGGCGCCAAUUUGAAUAAUGCAGUACGAAUUUUUCGCGCCAAACAUUCCAAAAUCCACGUGGCAUGAACAUUUUCAAUUCACACAGAAAAACUCUGAAAUUCCAGAUUUUUCCGGGCAAAAAUGACAAUUUUUUGACGAACAAUUAGCAAGUGCGCCCCAUUGAGAACAGCGAAUUUUCGUCGAAAAUUUGAAUUUUCAUUUUUUUCAGAUAAUAGCUUAUUUACCAUCAAAAUACGUCAAAUUUUGGCGCCAAAAAACUCAAAUUCAAAUUCAAUUUACCUACAGUACCCCUUCGAAUUGGACGCCUUCCAACAAUCCUCGGUUUUAUGCAUGGAACGUGGCGAUUCGCUUUUUGUCGCCGCUCACACUUCUGCCGGAAAAACCGUGGUUGCCGAAUAUGCGAUUGCGAUGUGCAAAAUGCACAAAACGAGGUGACUCGGGUCAUUUUGAUACCAAACAAGCCUAGAGAUACUCUCAAAGGCGCAUACCGUACUCCCGGAUCGCUUCGAGACCCUAAAUUUUUCCCGCCACUUUUUCCCGCCAAAAUUCAAAUUUUUCUCCACAGAGCCAUCUACACUUCGCCCAUCAAAGCGCUGUCGAAUCAGAAAUUUCGAGACUUCAAGCAGAUUUUCGAUGAUGUUGGACUUGUCACCGGUGAUAUUCAAUUGAAUCCCGAAGCUUUUUGUAUUAUUAUGACAACCGAGAUUUUGAGGUGGGGAAUUUGACUGAAAAUUCGGAAAAAUCGCGAAAUUUCGAGCUAAGAAACUUGAAAUUUGAAGAAAAUUUGCAAGUGCGCUCUAUUGAUAAUAAUGCGUUUUUGUCGAAAAUUCAAAAUUUUAUUUUUUUUUUGCUCAUAUUGAAAAUAUAAUUGUUCUAAAAACCUUGAAAAUAGAUAAAAAUCAUGAUUUUCAAUGAAAAAAACAAGUUCGCUCUAUUGAUAACAAUGUUUUUCUGUUGGAAAUUCAAAUUUUCAUUUUUUUCCAGUUUAAAUAUUAAUCAGAAUGAAAAUUGCUCAAUGAAAAAUAGCUAAAAAUCAAAAUUUCUGAAGAAAAUGAGCAAAUGCGCUCUAUUGCUAAUAAUGCGUUUUUGUUGAGAAAUUUGAAUUUUCAUUUAUUGAAAAAAUUUCUCAUUUUAGCCUCCAGAACUCUGAAGUUUCACUAAAAACUUGAAGAGUUCACAAUUUUCAUUGAAAAAUAGCUAAAAAUGAUGAAAAAGGCAAAUGCGCUCUAUUGAUAAUAAUGCGUUUUUGUUGAAAAUUUGAAUUUUUUUUUUGGAUAAAAAAAUUGAAUUUUUUGCUCAUUUUGCUCAUUUCGGCCUCUCGAACUCUGAAAUUUCCAGAUCAAUGCUCUACAAUGGUUCCGAAGUGAUUCGAGAUCUCGAAUGGGUUGUAUUCGACGAAGUUCAUUAUAUCAACAACGAAGAACGUGGACACGUUUGGGAAGAGGUUCUAAUCAUGCUGCCAGCUCACGUCAAAAUCGUCAUGUUAUCAGCGACAGUUCCGAAUUGUGUUGAAUUUGCCGAUUGGGUUGGACGCGUCAAAAAUCGACAGAUUAUGGUGAUUUCAACGGAUCGCAGACCUGUGCCGCUCGAACAUUAUUUGUAUACUGGACAGGAUGGAAAGACGCAGAGGGAUCUUUUUAAGGUUGCGAUUUUUUUUUUGCUAAAAUUUGCGAUUUUUCGACACCGAAUAUGCCUAGGGUUACUGUAGAUUUUGCCGCCAGAAAAUUUCACGUUUUUUGAUUUUAAAAUAUUCGCCACGUGGAUUUGAAAAUUUUCAUGUUAAGGUUAAAAUUUCAAAUUUUUCGCGCCAAAAAUUUGAAAUUUGAACUACAGUAGGAAUAUACUUGAAUUUAAAAAUUUGAGCGCGCGAAAAAAAUUAAUUUUGAAUUUUUUUCAAACAUUUUCAUGUUAUGGUUGAAAUUUCAAAUUUUUCGCGCCAAAAAUCCCCAAAUUCAAAUUUUCGCCACAGAUUAUCGAUCAACGCGGCGAAUUUCUCAUCAAAGGCUACAACGACGCAAAAGAGGCGAAAAUGCGACAUUUGGAGAAGGCGAACCCGCCGCCGCAGCAACAAAAUCAAAGAGGAGGCGGAAAUGCGGCGGCACGCGGAAAUAAUCAACGCGGUGGAUUUAGAGGAGGAGGUGAGGGGUUUUGGACUAAAAAAUCGAUUUUUCUGUGGAAAAUAACAUAGAUUCGCUCAAAAUAGACCCAAAAUCACGAAUUUUAGACGAAAAUGAGCAAAUGCGCUCCAUUGAUAACAACGUGUUUUUUGGAGAAAAUUUAAAUUUUCAUUUUUUUAAGCAUUCUGAAAAAUAUCCUAUUUUUUUAAAUAAAUUGCGCUAAAGUUUCAAAAAUUCAGAAUUUUCGUUCAAAAAUCACUGAAAUUUUUGAAAAAUAGCUCAAUUUCGAUUUUUCUGUGGAAAACAACCUAGAUUCGCUCAAAAUAGAUCCGAAAUCACGAAUUUUAGACGAAAAUGAGCAAAUACGCCCCAUUGAAAACAACGUGUUUUCGGCGAAAAUUUGAAUUUUCAAUUUUUUUAGCAAUCUGAAAAAUAUCCUAUUUACUAUUAAAUUGCGCUGAAGUUUCAAAAAUCACUGAAAUUUCUGAAGAACAGCUUAAAUUCGAUUUUUCUGUGGAAAACAACCUAAAUUCGCUCAAAAUAGAGCCAAAAUCACGAAUUUUUGACGAAAAUAAGCAAAUGCGCUCCAUUGAUAACAACAUGUUUUCGGCGAAAAUUUGAAUUUUCAAUUUUUUUUCGUCCAAAAUUCAAAUUUUAAUUCCAGGCGCCUCAAAUCACGCGCAAUCUCAACGCAAUUGGCCGGGAAAAAACGACAAAAAUGUAUAUUUGAAUUUGAUCAAUCACAUGAAAGCCAAAGACGAACUUCCUAUGGUGGUUUUUGUUUUUUCACGGAAAAGGUAA